AUGCAGCCUCAUGACUUAGUCUUUAUUCCACUACCUAUUAAAGAAGGAGACAAGAGGUACAUAGGCAGCUUCCAUUCAGACACCCAGAAGGACAGAGAAAGGCAAGACCAUUUAACAGAGCUGACUGUGUGAUUAGCUGGUGGAGAGUGUUCCCAGCUCACCUUUAUGUUGCCUAUUUUCUUCUCUGCAUUUAUCCUGUCUGCUUGGUGCUUCACCAAAGGAAACAGCAUCUCCUAUGAUGAGCUGAAAGAACUGAAGACUGAAUUUGCCAUCAAGCUCUACAAGCAUGUAUCUGAAACAGAGAACAGAACCAACCUGAUACUCUCACCAGCAAUUGUGGCUAUUUCUUUGGAGCUGCUGCAGUUUGGAGCUGAAGGAAAUACCUUUGCAGAGCUGCAGGAUGCCCUAGGAUACAACAUUCAUGACCCAAGUGUGGAGGGUUUCUUGCACGCAGCGGAUGAGGGAGGGACCGAGCCCAGCCCAGGCAGGGUGGUUCAGCUGGCAUCUUCCUUCUUCGUGGAUGCUGGGGUGCAGCUCUCACCCCACUUUAUUGCACAUGCUGCACGCUGGGCAAACAGCAGCCUGCAGCAAAUCAACUUCACUGACCCAAACAGAACCACAGCCCAAAUAGAAGAAUGGAUCACCAGGAACCUCGGAGAUGGGGAUGUGCAUGGCAUGCCACUGGAGAGUGCAAGGUCAUCACUCAGCCAGGUCACCUUGGUGAGCACCAUGUACUUCAAAAGCACGUGGCAAAAGAAGUUUUCCUUUAUGGAUACCCAGAUGUUGCCUUUUACCACAGCAGAGGGCUCAACCCUGAAAGUGCCCACAAUGCAUCACACAGAUGAAGUUAAUUAUGGCCAGUUUCAGACCACAGCCCUGGAGGCUGUCAGUGUGAUGGAGUUACCAUACUUGGGGGAGAAACUCAGCAUGUUCCUAGUGCUUCCCAGCCACAAAGGAACAACUUUGUCCCAGAUCGAGUCUCACCUUUCUGCUAAAACCAUAACCCUCUGGGCCAACAGCUUAAAGAGAAUGAAGAUGGACAUUUUUCUACCUAGGUUCAGUAUUCAAAGCCUUUUUGACCUAAAGACAGUUUUUUCUGCCUUGGGAAUUAGAGAUGCAUUUGAUCCCAUCACUGCUAAUUUUAAAGGUAUUUCAGAGCAAAGUAGCCUUUAUAUUUCAGAAGCUAUUCACAAAGCAGAGAUUGAAGUAACAGAAGAUGGUACGAAGGCAUCAGGAGCUACUGCAAUGGUGUUACUGAAAAGAUCUCGAACACCUAUUUUCAAAGCAGACAGACCCUUCCUGUUCUUCCUGAGACAAGCUAACACAGGUAUGCAUGCUCUCUGUUUCAAGAGCAGAAUCCUUCACAAGUAG